GGUUCUGACUGUUACAUUAAUAGAAGAAAAAAGUGGAGGAAGUGAGAAGAUUUUUUUCAUCUAAUAUUAAGCAAAAGGAAGUUUCCUUCCAAAACAAAAAUGAAUUCUUUGAUAACAAUUAUAAAAAUUGUAGGCUUAGAAAAAGUUAGAAGAAAAUUUUUUCUUCUACAAAGUCAGAGCCAAAGAAUCAAUGCCCAAAUACACGUCGCCAUGAAAUAUAAUGGCCAGAAAACACGUGAGGAAUUAAAAUGGAUCGAACCAAUUAAUCACAUAUCUUAUAAUUUAAACCGGUAUAACAAUAAUAAAGCGAUAAAUCCUACUGUUUUUUUUUAUCAAAAAAAGAAAAAUAGGAAAACCUAAUUGUUGUCCUGCAGUUUCCUUCUAUACCUCAAGAUAAAAUGGAUCUCAGUUGUUGGGAUAUUCCAAAACUAAUUAAUUUGCUCACUAGACCAAACCGAAAACCGGUUCUUUUAGACCAAACCGAAAGUGUCUACCUCCUACUCCUACAUAUAUGCCCUAACACAUCUCUCAAUCCUCUCAUCAUCAAUAACAUCUUUAUCUCUCUCUCUCACGCUCUCCCUAUCACAAUGGUGAAGCAGGUAAGAAGAUACGCUCUAUUUCAGGCCACGCCAGAUUCUGAGUUCGUGAAGGAGAUGUACGGAGGCUACUUCAACGUAUUUGUGUCAGCUUUCGGAGACGAAGGAGAGCAAUGGGAUCUUUUCCGUGUGAUAGACGGCGAGUUUCCUCGUGACGACGAUCUUGAGAAGUAUGACGGAUUCGUCAUUAGCGGGAGUUUACAUGACGCUUUCACAGAAGAGGAUUGGAUCAUUGAGCUUUGCACUGUUUGCAAAAAACUUGAUGUGAUGAAGAAGAAAAUUCUUGGCAUAUGCUUUGGUCACCAGAUAAUAUGUAGAAUAAGAGGUGGGAAAGUGGGAAGGGCUCGUAGAGGACCAGACCUAGGCCUGGGUAACAUAACGAUCGUUAAAGAUUUGAUCAAACCAGGUGGUUACUUCGAUGAAACCGAGUCAUUGUCGAUCAUAAAAUGUCAUCGAGACGAAGUACUUGAGGCUCCUGAGUCGGCCAUAGUCAUUGGAUUCUCGGAAAAGUGCGACGUAGAGAUAUUCUCAGUAGAAGAUCACUUGCUUUGCUUUCAAGGUCAUCCCGAGUAUAACAAGGAGAUUCUCCUUGAGAUCAUUGAUCGUGUCCACAAGAUCAAAUUUAUUGAGGAGGAAAUUGUGGAGAAAGCAAAGGACUCGAUCGAGAAGAUUGAACCAGACACGCAGCGUUUACACAUGCUUUGCAAGAAUUUUCUCAAAGGACGAAGAACCCACUUGGUUUAAUUUCCACGUUCAUAAUUUUUCUUCAAAAAAAAAAAACUCUGUAAAAUCAUAAAUGUGAUUCUAAACUUAAGCUAAACUAAAGAAAAAAAAAAAGAAAAAAUAAACUUUUAGGUAAAUUAAUCGGUGG